AGUUUGUGCUUGCUUCCUUAGUACCUUUAUUUAAGUGCUGAGAACUUAUUAUGGCUGUAACAAAUUACUACAAAGUUAGAUGUAUAAAACAACUCAUUGAUUUGGAUUAGGGAGCUGUGGAGGUCAGAAAUCUAAAAUCCAGGCAUAUUUGAGUUCUUUCGGGGUAGAAGCCACUUCUCCCCUCUUUUCAGUCUUCCAGAGAUGCAUGCAUUCUUUGGCUCAUUGACUCUUCCACACAUCACUCAACUAUUUUGUGUCCCAGCUCCUACAACUAACUGGCUUGGAAGCUUUUGCCUCUCCCUUUUAUAGGGAUUUAUAGUGGCUGAUUACACAAUGAGCUCCUGGAUAAUGUAAAUUUAAUUGCAUCAGCUAAAUUCUUGUGCCAGAUAAAGUAACAUAUUCGUGUACUCUGGUGAUUAGAGGAUAGAGAUCAGGAGUGUACUGCCAUUCCUGACCCUUAGAUGUGUCAACAAGAAAUUAAGGCACUCAACCGUCUAUAGAGAUCAUUUUUUAUAUUGCUUAAAGUGGACCUUCACCAUCAGAAGGGCCAUCCUUUAUGGGUUACCUGCCCCGGUGCAUAUUAACUAUGCUUGAAUUUGAAAUUUUUUCCUCCUUUGACACGGGCCUCACGAUAUAGCCCUGGCUGGCCUGGAAGUCACUAUGUAGAACACAGGGAUUCCUCUCCCUCUACUCCCAAGUGCUGAGACCAAUGGCAUCCGCCACCAGGACUGGUUCGUGUAAACAGCGUUUUGCUGAAAUAAAAUCGAACAAAACACACAGUCGUCCUCCAUUUUUAUUAUUGUCAUCUUGUUACAGAAUUACAAGAUUACAGCGUCUUUUUAGGAAACCAUCCCGGACGUCUAGACCUACCGCAGCGUCGUGGGUAGGCGAGCAGGUGAUGCCCUGGACAACAGGGAGGCCUUGGUGGCCUCCUUUCCAUGAGCCUCCGAGACCUCGCGAGGUCCUGCCGAGAAGCUGUCGCCCCUGCAGCGCCGGCCUGAUCACUUUGACCGGGUCUCCCGGAACUACGGACGACAGGAGCGCAGCCCUCACCCUCGCCGGCAGAGACUCGGCUCCGCGCUCGCCCCGCCUUUCCCCUUCCGCUGAGUCCAACCCCCGGAGCUUCCGCCCGCGCUCAGGCGUGCGCCGGUCUCCGUUAGCUUCUACCGCGGGGGAGGGAGAACGGUGGAGGUGUGGCUGCGCGUGCGCAGAGCGAGCGAGAACCCGAACGCUCCGCGGGGCGCAAGAGUCCGUGGCGGCCACAGUUCGCAGGUGAGCGGCGCUCGGGCUUCCGCAUCCGGUCGGUCUCCAGCGGGCGAGACGGCCCUCCCCUGCGUUCGGGGUCCGUUUCCCCGGUUCAGUGCCCGACGGAGGCGAGCACCCGGGGAGGCAGAGUAAGAACCUGGGCUGAGCCUUAAAUCUCCAGACCUCUUUGUGGGAUAAACCCAACUGUUGUAGGUCUUUUUCUAGACACUGGAUGUAUAAAGGUGAACAAGAAAGACCUCUGGAGCGCCCAGUCUGAUACACUUUUGGCGUCAUGGAUCGGUUUGGAGAUAUCUCAGAAGGUGAAGUAGACCACUCUUUCUUUGACAGUGAUUUUGAAGAUGCAAAGAAAUGUGAAAGUAAUUCCAUUUUUGACAAGCAAAAUGAUGAUGACCUUAAGGAAGGAAUAAAUAAGGACACCAAAAAUGUAAACUUGAAAUUUGGAGUACAAAAUGAUCAUCUUAAGGAGAAAAUAGAUAAUAACACAGAAAAUGUGAACUUGAAACUUGGGCUACAAACAACAGAAAAUUACCUUACUCAGAAAGGAAAUGAAAGGAAAGCAAACUUUUCUUCAAAGGAACAACAUAUAGAAAAUGAUCCUACACAAGCACGAAGUUCCUCAGUGUUGACUUCUUCACGAUCAAAAAAAUCGUGUGAUGCCACAAAAGGACAUAAAUUAAACUUGCCCGUUCCAGAUAGAAUUCCUAAGAUUGUGAAAGGUGAGGACGAUUACUACACGGAUGGGGAGGAAAGCAGCGACGAUGGGAAGAAGUACGUGAGGUCUAAGUCAGCCAAGCCCUCUAGCAACUUAAAAAAAAACGUGAGUAAGAAGUAUUCCUCCUCCUCCUUGUCUUCCUCAUCUUCAAGAUCAAACUCAGACUGCUCAGAUAUGGGGUCUGACAGGCAAAGGAGAUCUGAGUCACACUCAUCAGGGAAGUGUGUUUCUAGUGUAACCCCCUCAUCACCAAAACAGAGGUGUAAGUCAGGAAGAAAAUCAAGUGCACAGCCUUCCAGCACUAAACAAAAGACUGGUGACUAUCAUGAGUCCGAAGGCAAUGUACCAGACAUAACUCCUUUGUCAACUCCAGAUGUCAGCCCUGCCCAGUCGCUUGAGUUGGGCCAACCGCCUGAUCAAAAAGUAAAAGUUAAAAAACAAGAAAAUGUGAGCCGGGAUGUAUAUGAGGAUGCAGAGGCUUUAAAGAAUGAUUCAAGAUGUGUGAAAUCAGCCAAAAGGAAAGAAAAGCAUGGACAGAGUUUUGCUCCAAAAUCUUCAGUGUUAGAUGCAAAUCUAGACCGUAGAUCUAAACAAAAAGUCUUACAUGACACAAUGGACCUAAAUCAUCUGUUGAAAGCUUUCCUGCAGUUAGAUAAAAAGGGACCACAGAAACAUCACUUUGAGCAGCCUGCAAUAAUACCUAGGAAGAACUACUCUUUCACAAGAGAAGAGGUGAGACAGAUUGACCGGGAAAAUCAGAGGCUUUUGAAAGAACUGUCAAGACAGGCUGAAAAACCAGGAAGCAAAAGUACAAUUCCCGGAAGAUCGAUCGGCCAUCCCCCUAAGUUGUAUCAUAGUGCUCUCAACAGACAGAGGGAACAACAAAGGAUCGAAAGAGAAAAUAUGGCUUUAUUGAAACGACUUGAAGCUGUGAAGCCAACAGUUGGCAUGAAACGCUCUGAACAGCUGAUGGACUACCAUCGGAAUAUGAGUUACCUCAAUCCUUCACCGUCCGUCCGACGAGUGAGAUCUACUCUUGGCCAUUAUAGCCCACUGAGAGGAGCUUCCAGGACAUCCAGUGCAACCAGUGGUCUCAGCUGUAAGACUGACCGAUCAGUGUUGGACACAUCCAAUGGCUUUUUGCUAAGACCGAAACCCCCGAAUGUUCGUACUGCUUGGUUGUAAAACCUUUUUUUUUAUGAUAUACAUUGUUCAUCUGUUUGUCCUAUUUUAACAAUGUAUUUUUCUGUACUACUAUAACUAUUUGCAAACAUCUGUAAUACUUUUUUUCAACAAUUUAUGCAACAAUGAGUAUAAUUUAUUGUUGUUCAGUGCAAAUUGUUAUCAAAAGACACCUUGCUGUAAAAUCAGUGUUUGAUACGGUGGCUGGCGUAUUUAUAGGAGCUGUAUGUCUGUUUAAUAGAGAAGAGGUUUGUUACAUGUGACUAUUUCUUCAAUAUAGAAACUCAGUUGUGCUGACAAAGCAGCAGUGGUGACAAUCUGUGUUGAAGCCAAGACACUCACUAUAUAGCUCUUAAUCUAUGUGAUUUUCAGUUAUCAUAAGCGCUAAACACGGAGCUUGCCUUGUAAACGUGCACCUGUGCUUCUGUCUGCUCUACGUUGUCUGUAACUCGAGUCCUCACGUGCUUAUGUGAGUGUUAGACUCCUUAUGAAAACGCUUUGACGUCUGCUUCCAUGGAGAAGCUGACUUAGAUUUGAUGAGGAGGUGAGGAGCUUGUACUGUGCAAUCCCUGAUUCACCAAAGACACUUCUGAAGAGUCUGACUCUCCACCCACACCAUCUCACACUGUGAGUAACAGGGUUCACUUCAGAAGCUGCUCUCUAUGCCGUCUGGUAAAAUACUCUUAAGGAUUCUGAGGCAAGAGGUAGGCUUGAACAGCCUCAUGUCUUGUGAGUUGUGACUGGUUUGUAUCCAGAUCACUUGCAUAAUAAACAAAAGCAAGUAUUUGUUGGAUCAGUGAGCAACACUCUGAGCUUGAAGAACCAGAAGCGCAUGCCUAGAGUAUGUUAGAGCAGUGUUGGAAAUGACACUGUUAGUCACUGUGUGUGCUGCUGUUGUGUAUUUAUUGUAGUAAUAGAAGGCUUAGAGCAAGGAAGAAAUGCUCUAGAGAAACCAAAUAGAAACAAGAAAGAAAGUAAUCACACAUUGCCUAAAGCUAUUGCCUUGAUGCUAGAGAAUUCCCUUGCUUUGGUUUGGCUGAAUCCUAGAAGCACCAUUCUUACCAUUCUCACAUUUGAAGGUCUGUUAAUCCUCAUGGAAUUGCUAGUGACACAUAGGUGUGAAACAGUUGACUAUGAAAAGUAGAAUAGUUUCCUGUCAACCUAGAGGCUGUUCUUUUAUAGAGCAAAGUGUGUGACAUUUCAUAGUCAUAACCUUUUCAUUGCUGGUCUUGUCAGCAUGUCUUUAGUAGAUAUAUGUAAGUUUCAUAUUCAAUGACACGUUUUGCUUAAAAUAUGAGUUUUCCCUAGCCACAGAGAGAUCCGUCUGGUGCCAGUGCUCCAGCACUGUGGCAUGUGUACCACACCUGCUCCAUCUUCCUUAGCAGGGAGGCGGACUGCACUUAGCAAACAAACACCAGGGCAUACAUUGCUGGUCUCCCUUUAAUAGACGGUGUUUCAGAUAGAGCAGCGAAGGGAGAAAAUGCUGAGGCCAAAACAAUGCUGAGCACAUAUAGCACACACACAGACCGCACACGCACGAACACACACACACAUACACACAAACACACACAAAAAUGGGUCGGAACACACAUGACUACCGGUUUCCCACUGCUUUUGGAGGGCUGCAACAUUCUUCAGCAGUUUGUCUCUUUGUUCUAGUGAACAAGAUUUUAUCCAUGCUUUAUAUGCCUCUUAGCUGUACAAACAAAGGGUUUAUUUUGUCUUAGUUUUUAACACUGCACUUUUAAUGUUUUUGUAACAACUUAAAUUUAAAAUGCAGCAUUUUGGCAUUUUCCCAGUAGUGAAUUAAUCACUUGAAAGCAGAUUUUUGUGGCGGAAAUAAAUGUGUAUAUAUAAAACCUUUUAUGUUCACAGCGGCAUUAGCCUAGGAAUACAUUUUAUUUGGUUUCUCCAAGUUUCAUAGCUAAAGCUAGAAUUUGAUUUUAAAUGCUAACUUAUGUCUUAGUUUGUACUGUUUGGAAGAAGCUUAUCUAAGUAUUACUGAUAACAAAGGAUUCAACUUCAAGUAAAGGACAAGCAUCUUUUAAAAUCCACUUAGCAUGUUAUGUUUAGGUGCGUAUCUGGCGACUGUAGAGAUGGGUAGGGAUUACAAACUUAGCACUCACUGAUGGAAGGUAGGAUUUAGGAGGCAUUUGCAGUGGAGCAGUCAUGAGUACGUUCAUCUCUUCAGCCUCACCUCCACAAAUCUGUAGGGUUAGCACUGUUGCAUGGCUGGCUGGCCCUUAGCACACGUGCUCGGAAGAUCUGCAUCUGCAGCUAGACAGCGGGCAGGUCUGCUGACUCGUAGACAGAUCUGAGGACAGUUUUCAUCUCGAUUGAAUGUUACCUCCUUCUCUAGUAAGUUUUUGUGAAAGAUUUCAGACUAUUAAAAUGACUUCUUAAGGAGUAGCUACUACCUUACCCCCUCCUCUCAGUCUCCAUCCAAACCCACUCUCACGGCUACUCCACUAACGCUGUGCUUUGCUUGUAAAGUAACACCAUGCAGUUGUGCGCAACCCAAGUAUCAAAAGCAGCUACGCGGCUCUGAAAGGUGAUUGUGAUAGGUUCUGCUUCUCAUCUGCAGAUACAAUGCAGCAACUCCAAAGUAUUAAGAUUACAGUAAAGCUGAAGACGCACCUUUGCCCUGGUUAGCAACGCAAAACCUGUGUCGUCGUAAAUGCCAAAGUCUUAGUGUGUAAAUGUCUGUACACCGUCACAGCGAAUGAGCUCACUGCUAAUGGCCGAGUUGCUUAUUUUCAUGAAUAAAGAUUAGCAAGAAACUUUUAAACCAUCUUUUUAAAAAAUGUCCUAGUUUGUUAUAUUUUAGGCAUGAAGAACUAGCUUGGCCUACUGAAGAAAUAAAAGAUUUAAGAAGAA